GCAUGAUCACCUCCCAUAUGAACGGUUAUGUGCAGGAGGGCUCUGCCAACCACAGGGAGCGGGCUGUGGACUGUCCCGGCGACGACACUUGCCUCGUCAAACCUCCACACUGCAGCGCCCACAUGGAGAGGAUUCAGCAGUACCAGGAGGAGCUGAGGAAGAGGAGGGACGAGGACGGCCGGGGGAAGCACGACAUUGACCCCAAUGCUUCGCUCAGACUCAAGAAGCUGUCGCAGAACCCCAAAGUGGGCGUUGACAAUCCCACCUUUGAGGGGAAGGAGAAUGCCGCCAAAGACGUACGUCACCAGGCUCCAGUUGAUGAGCUGGAGGAGAUGCUGCAGGCUGUGAAGUGGGUGCAGCAAUGCCUGAAUGAUGCUCAGAGUCAGCAGGAUACAGAGCUGCUACUCCAGCUGCUUGCAAAGGAAGACUUCAAGUGCGCCUACAGCAUCUACACUGUUGUGUCCCAGAAGAUGAACCGAGUGAACCCCACCUCGCCCCUCACAGUGCAAGCACAGGACCUUUGCUUGGAGGUCCAGAAGAUCCUCAAAUCCAGCCAACAGAGGGAAGGCUUGGAGCUCAGAGCUCUGCUAACAAAUCCUCAUCUCCAGGCGCUGAUGCAGGCCCACGACAGCUUAGCAGUGCAGGAAAUGGCAGAGGACAAUGUGAUUCAGUAUCUUGGAGAAACAGUUAAAAUGGUGCGGCUGCAGAAGACCCGUGACACACCACUGGGCGCCACCGUGCGUAACGACAUGGACAGUGUGGUGGUGAGCCGUGUGGUUAAAGGUGGGACUGCAGAGCGGAGCGGCCUCCUCAGCGAGGGGGAUGAGAUCUUGGAGAUCAACGGUAUAUCCGUUCGCGGGAAGCAUGUCAACGAAGUUCACGAUUUACUGCAACGAAUGCAUGGCACUUUGACCUUCCUCCUCAUCCCGAGCUCUCAGAUUAAACCUGCCCCACACAGACAGACUGUGAUGCACGUACGUGCUUACUUUGACUACGACCCCUCCGAUGACCCUUUCGUGCCAUGUCGGGAGCUGGGCCUGUCCUUCCAGAAAGGAGAUAUUCUCCACGUCAUCAGCCAGGAUGACCCCAAUUGGUGGCAGGCCUACCGGGACGGAGAUGAGGAAAACCAGUUGCUGGCUGGACUCAUUCCAGGGAAGAACUUCCAGCAACAGAGAGAGACCUUGAAGAGAACGACACCAGACAAGAACCAAGAGCAGCAAGGGAAACGUUGGUAUGUGAAAAAAGGCAAGAAACAGAAGAAGAAAAGCGCAUCUUCUCUGAGCAAAAACAAUGACGGCGAUGACUUCCUGACGUAUGAGGAGAUGUCCCUCUAUCACCAGCCUGCUAACCGCAAACGCCCCAUCGCUCUGAUCGGUCCUACAAACAGCGGCCAUGACGAGCUGCGUCGGCGGCUCCUCGCCAUCGAGCCGGACAAGUUUGCAGUCGCCGUCCCACACACCACCAGGAACCCCCGACUUCACGAGCGGAAUGGCCGCGAGUACCACUUUGUGAGCCGACCCGGAUUUGAAUCAGACUUAGCCGUGGGGAAGUUCAUUGAGUCCGGCGAGUAUGAGAAGAACUUGUACGGAACCAGCACGGACUCUGUGCGACACGUGGUCAACUCGGGACGCAUCUGUGUGCUCUGCCUACACACCAGGUCGUUGAGAGUGCUGAGAUCCUCCAACCUCAAGCCCUUCGUCAUCUUCAUCGCUCCUCCUUCUCAGGAACGACUGCGCACCCUGCUGGCCACUGAAGGAAAGACACCCAAGCCCGAGGAGCUUAAGGAGGUCAUCGAGAAAGCCCGUGAGAUGGAGCAGGAUUUCGGCCCCUUUUUUGACGCCACCAUUGUGAACACGGAGCCAAACGAAGCUUUCCUGGAUCUGCGCAGAAUGAUAGAGAAGCUGGACACUGAGCCUCAAUGGGUUCCCACUUCCUGGCUAUGCUAGGCUGGAAAGGGUAGACAGUGGUAAAUUUGCACAUUUUCCUCGUUUGUAGAGGAGGUGAACAUUAGCACGCUGUGCAGAGAUGAACUCAGGUUUCUUACCUUUCUUCUUAUCUGUGUGUCUUUUGUGCGUCUGUUUUUUCCUGCUUUGUCAUGUUGAGUCAUUUUAUGAGACGAAUAGAAAUAUUUCUAUCCUGUUAUUAAUAUUUAUAAUUGUAAAUACAGAUUUUUUUUUUAGACAAAGAUACAAUAUUUUACUCCUGAAUUUAAUGUCAAAUUGAUGUAAUGGCACUCUGCCAUUCAUUACUAGAGAAAACCGCAGUUCUUUCUUCUUACCGUGGUCAGUAUUAUUUUGUUGUCUCAUUCGUGCUGUGUUGACAGGCCUCAAAGAAAACGUGUCUAUACUGGCUUGUUAUCAUUAAACUGUAUAUCACACGGCAAGCUUCCUGCUAGCCUGAUGCGCCUUCAUUC